UACUAUUCACUUUACCCUUUAUUUUGUCAUUUUCAUUAGAAUCACAAUUUUCAAAUCUUUUUCAUUAGUUUUCUAAGAUAAUAUCGAUGGCCUGAUACCGGUCGUUCUCAGCUUCUGGCCAAUAUAACAUUCGUAGCCAAUAAGAGUAGCUGUACCACCUCAGACAGAGAGUUUGUGAGCUUUCUGUUUCUGUUUCUCUCACUCUGCAGCUUCCACGAGCUCGAUGGCGGAACACUCGAACCACCAUGCAGAAGCUACGAUUCCGCAAACCAUGCAAGAAACCGGUGCGGAAGAAAGAGAUCCAGAGAGCAUUUCUCUCCAGCAACCACUCCUCAAGAGAAGCCGAACACUUUCUUCCACUCCACUGGCUAUGGUCGGAGCCAAAGUCUCACAUAUCGAGAGCUUGGACUACGAGAUCAACGAGAACGAUCUGUUCAAGCAUGAUUGGAGAAGCAGAUCCAAAGUCCAAGUCUUGCAGUAUAUAUUUUUGAAAUGGAUCCUUGCCUGCCUUGUUGGACUCCUAACUGGUAUAAUUGCCACCCUCAUUAACCUCGCUGUUGAGAAUAUUGCCGGCUACAAGCUUCUUGCCGCCGUUAGUUUCAUAGAGAAAGAGAGGUACCUGAUGGGGUUCAUCUUUAUAGCUGGGGCCAAUCUUCUACUGACCGCAAUUGCUUCUGUUCUCUGCGUGUGUUUUGCUCCGACUGCAGCUGGACCCGGUAUACCUGAAAUCAAAGCGUAUCUCAACGGAGUUGACACACCGAAUAUGUUUGGUGCGACAACAAUGAUUGUCAAGAUAUUCGGAAGCAUUGGGGCUGUUUCUGCAGGCCUAGAUCUUGGAAAAGAAGGACCUCUUGUGCACAUUGGAAGCUGCAUUGCUUCGUUAUUAGGUCAAGGGGGACCUGACAAUUACCGUAUUAAAUGGCGUUGGCUCCGCUACUUCAAUAAUGACCGUGACCGCCGAGAUCUCAUUACCUGUGGCGCUGCCUCUGGGGUAUGUGCAGCUUUCCGAGCUCCUGUGGGUGGUGUACUGUUUGCCCUUGAAGAGGUGGCGACAUGGUGGAGGAGUGCUCUUCUCUGGAGAACUUUCUUCAGCACAGCUAUUGUGGUGGUGGUGCUUAGAGCUUUUAUCGAAAUAUGCAAUUCUGGGGAAUGUGGGCUUUUCGGGAAAGGAGGGCUUAUCAUGUUCGACGUAAGCACUGUUACUGUGACGUACAAUGCGUGGGAUAUCAUCCCCGUAGCUGUAAUUGGCAUUAUUGGUGGAGUUUUGGGAAGCCUGUACAACUAUCUUCUCCACAAGAUUCUCAGACUAUACAACCUCAUAAAUCAGAAGGGGAAAGUUCACAAGCUCCUCCUCAGUCUCACUGUAUCACUCUUUACUUCUGGAUGCCUAUACGGUCUCCCUUUCCUUGUCGAAUGCACACCCUGUGACUCCUCUCUUUCGGAGUCUGCCUGUCCCACCAAUGAAGGAUCUGGAAACUACAAAAAGUUCAACUGCCCAGAUGGCCACUACAAUGACCUAGCUACUCUUCUCCUUGCCACUAAUGAUGAUGCAGUUCGAAACAUCUUUUCGACAAACACUUCUGCUGAGUAUCAUCCUUUAUCCCUCCUAAUCUUCUUCGUAUUAUAUUGCAUCUUAGGAUUGUUUACCUUUGGAAUUGCUGUGCCGUCUGGACUGUUCCUCCCCAUCAUCCUUAUGGGCUCAGCUUAUGGCCGUCUGCUUGGAAUUGCCAUGCAAUCAUAUACGAGCAUUGACCAGGGGCUUUUCGCUGUUCUUGGUGCAGCUUCCCUAAUGGCAGGGUCAAUGAGGAUGACUGUUUCGUUAUGUGUCAUAUUUCUUGAGCUCACCAAUAACCUCCUCUUACUACCCAUAACAAUGCUUGUCCUUCUAAUUGCCAAAACAGUUGGAGACAGUUUCAAUCCGAGCAUCUAUGAGAUUAUACUGCACUUAAAGGGUUUGCCUUUCUUGGAGGCACAUCCAGAACAGUGGAUGAGAAAUCUGACUGUAGGUGAGCUUGCUGAUGCGAAGCCACCAGUAGUAACACUCCGUGGAAUUGAAAAGGUGGAUCGUAUUGUGGAGGUCCUGAGAAACACCACACACAAUGGUUUCCCUGUUGUAGAUGAAGGAGUGGUGCCACCAAUGGGAUUGGCUGUUGGGGCAACAGAAGUACAUGGACUAAUUCUUCGAGCUCACCUUCUUCAGGUGCUGAAAAAGAAAUGGUUCCUAAGAGAGAAAAGAAGAACAGAGGAGUGGGAAGUUAGAGAGAAAUUUACCUCGGUUGAGUUGGCCGAGAGGGAAGGGAAGAUCGAGGAGGUGGCUGUGAAAAGUGAUGAAAUGGAGAUGUAUGUAGAUCUGCAUCCACUCACCAAUAGAACACCAUACACAGUGAUGGAAGGCAUGUCAGUGGCAAAAGCUAUGGUGCUUUUCAGGCAAGUGGGACUUCGCCAUUUGCUCGUUGUGCCAAAUUAUGAAGCAUCUCGGGUGAGUUUAUCAACCAUUCUCAUUUUACAAAACACCAUGCACUUGUUAACGAGAGUUACAGUCUACUUCCGCACGAGCAUAUUUAUUCUGUCCAUUGAGCAUAGUUAUUCAAGAUGGUACACUAUAGUUUUUGUAAAGGCCAAAUCACUAACCUCGACGUUUGCUCCAUUUGUAGGUGCCUCCAGUGGUUGGGAUCUUAACCAGGCAGGAUUUAAUAGCCUACAACAUUUUGAAUGCAUUUCCACAUCUCGCAAAAUCUGCAGGCAGAGAGAAGGGGAACUGAAAAUGUCUUCGCCUCAACCAACGAACUAGCAGCUUUCCUGAUGGAAGACAAUGCACUCUUAUCUUUUGAAGUUUCCUAUUCAAUUAUUUAUUCUUUUCAUCCAAUUCAAAAGGAGCUAGGUAGAUAUACAACAGAGUGCAAUUUCAUUCAUUUGUAGCUAUUCAUUUUACACAUGUUUCAGCCGACGGUGAACAAAAUCCCUUUCUACAAAAGGGCAGACAACACAGAAGAAUUGGUUUUGUUACAGUCUCUC